GCCAUCUCUCAACAAUCGAGGGAACUAACGUGUUUAUAACAUGUACGACACGAGUGCAUGCAUUUAACCCAUUCGCCGUUUAAUUUAAUAUUUAGAUUAAAACAGAGUAUUUAAUGAACUGUAGUUGUUAAAAAUAAGUGAUUCUAUGGCGUCUUCUAAGCAAAAUCCGAAAAAAUUCAAGUGGACGCUGGACUUCGCCCACAGGAGCAAACAAGAUAAAAAUGCAGAAUUGCCGAAUCCUCCGGGCUACACUCCAGCAGCAAGUCUCUCCCAGAGUAUUGAGCACUUGAGGGAGAACGACUCGAAUCACCUGAUAAUAAAGAAAUCCUGGGACCUGGCACUGGGCCCUCUCAAGCAGGUGCCGAUGAAUUUGUUCAUCAUGUUCAUGGCUGGCAAUUCCAUCUCCAUCUUCCCCAUCAUGAUGGUGGGGAUGCUGAUCAUCAGGCCUGUGAAGGCCCUGUUUACACUUCAACAGACAUUCAAAGUGAUCGAGGGAACCCACGCAUUCGGCCAGAAAUUCGUAUUUUUCCUCGGUCAACUAGUCAACAUAGCCUUAGCCCUGUACAAAUGCCAGUCAAUGGGUUUAUUACCCACUCACGCCUCAGACUGGCUAGCCUUCGUUGAGCCACAGGCGAGAUUGGAGUACUCAGGCGGUGGUCUAAUAUUUUCAUAAUUUUAUUCAUCUGAUUUUCUGGCCCACAAAUAAAUUGUAUCACCGUUCGACGAUUUCUUCAAGAAUGCAUAAAUUUUGUCUUAUCUCGCCAAGAUUAUAUUUCACAAAAAGUACAGAAUAAACAUCGUUAUUACAUAAUUAA